AUGAUUCCUCCGUCUCUGACAUCCAAUCCCGCAACACCACUACAUCUCAGCACCGCCCUUGCGCUGGCUCCACUCCAGUCUUGGACCAUGGAUCUGGCUCAACGCCCACCUUACAGCACUAUCGACUUUAAAACACUUGCCAAAGCCGAUCCAGACUUCAAGCAAACAUGGCAAGCGUGUUCCGGCAAACUCGACUUUCAAGACCCAGCCACCCUCCAAUCUUUGUCUAAAGCAAUCCUCCACGUUGACUUUGAUCUUGAACUUGCUCUGCCAGACAAUCGACUCUGUCCUCCAAUACCCAACCGCUGGAAUUACGUGUCUUGGAUACAUGGCCUGCUCGACUCUACAUCAUCGUCUCACUCCAACAGAUAUGACCCGGACAGAGACGUCGUCGGUCUGGAUAUCGGUACUGGCGCAUCGGGCAUCUACGCCAUGCUGUGCAUGAAGAGCAGACCCAAGUGGACCAUGUGCGCGACGGAUGUCGACAAAGUAUCGUUCGAAUCGGCAGCUGCAAAUUUUGCUCGUAACAACCUGCUAAGCCGCACGAAGAUGCUGCACACCACUUCUUCAAUGCCUCUGAUACCACUCGAAGCACUAUGCCUACAGCAACUGGACUUCACGCUCUGCAAUCCCCCCUUCUUCACCGACUCUGUCGAGAUGGAAAAGAGCCUCAGCGGCGAAGGAAAAGCUACGGGACCCAAUGCGAUCUGCACAGGCUCCAACAAUGAAAUGGUCUGUCCUGGCGGCGAUCUCGGUUUUGUCACACGGAUCAUCAACGAAUCACUAGCUCUACGUGACAAGGUGUCAUGGUACAGUAGCAUGCUCGGCAAGCUCUCCAGCGCCAAAGCCGUUGUCGAGCUGCUCAAAACUAACGCCGUAACGAAUUGGGCUGUGGGUGUUCUGGAUCCAGGCACGAAAGCGGGAACGAAGAGGUGGGUGGUUGCAUGGAGUUUUGGUGACAUGAGACCACGGAACAGUAUCGCUCGCCCGCCCGGUGGUAGCUUUCCGCACGAUCUGCUGCCUUUCCCAACUUCAUAUAACAUAUCGCUGCCUUCUACCUUCACCGGCUCUGCCGCGUUCGCCAAACUGAAUGAUCAGUUAUCCACCCUGGACUUGGUUUGGAAAUGGAACGCGGCGACAUCGAGUGGUGUCGGCGAAGCAUCAGAAAAUGUCUGGGGGAGAGCGUACAGACGAGCCUACGAGCGGCGGAAGAGGGAAGGUCAAGUGGAAAUGCGCGGUGGUACACACGACAAGAGGACUCAAUUAGCUUUUCGCAUCACAGUCGUAGAUCUGGCCGGCGAGAUCGUGCUGGAAUGGCUCAAGGGAGAUGAUCAGGUACUGUGGGAGAGCUUCUGUGGGUGUGUGCAUCGGUGGUUCAAAAAGACAUAG